AUUAGAUUAGCCGCCCAAGCUGCGCGUACGCUUUGCAGCGGUCCACAGCGUUCCACUGCUGAGAACAACUGUAAUGUUACUCUGACACGCUUCCCAACGCUUUCGGACUGCCUGGCGUUAAAGUAGUGAUCUCCGGACAAGUGGUGCGAUGGAGGAUCAUGGUGUGGAGAGCCUGGCUGAGGUGUUCCGCUGCUUCAUCUGCAUGGAACGGCUGCGGGAUGCCCACCUGUGUCCCCAUUGCUCCAAGCUUUGCUGCUACGCCUGCAUUCGACGCUGGCUGACAGAGCAGCGGUCUCAGUGCCCGCACUGCCGCGCCUCCCUGCACCUGCACGAGCUGGUCAACUGCCGCUGGGUGGAGGAGGUCACUCAGCAGCUGGACACCCUCCAACUGAGCACGGCAGCAGCCACAGCCGCGACUACCGGAGAGGCGGCCAAGCCCGGCUCCCCUGAGCCACGUGACCAAGAGCGCUGCCAGCACCACAAGGGUGAGAAGCUGAGUGUCUACUGCUGGAACUGCCGCCUCUGCAUCUGCCACCAGUGUGCCCUCUGGGGUGGAACGCACUGCGGCCAUGUGUUCAAGCCCCUGGAGGAGGUACACGCUCAGCAGGUGGCAGCCGUGCGGGAGCAGGUGGGGGCCCUGCGCCGCCGCCUCGUCCACCUGUUGGGGUUGGUGGCACAGGUGGAGCGCUCGGUCGAGGCCGUGCGACAGGCCAAGGACCUGCGUGUCCACGAGAUACGCAAUGCCGUCGAGCACAUGAUUGCACGCCUGGACGCCCAGCUGAAGGGGCGCCUGCUCUCGCUUGUCGCUCAGAAGAAUGCCCUCACCCAGGAGACUGAACAGCUGGAGCAGCUGCUGCAGGCUGCAGAAGCGCAGCUUAGCUCGUGCUCGCGUUCAGAGCUCAUUGCCCGCUCGCCCGAGAUAGUGCGUCGGCUGGGGGAGCUGCUGCAGCGGCAGCCCCCCUGUUCUCCCCCUCUGCUGCUGCUGCCCGGGGGUGGCCAGGAGUUCCCCUCGGAGAUGGUACCCCCGUACGAGUCGAGCGCCUUCCUGUUGCGCAACUUUUCAGUGCUGCAGCAGCGUGCCGACCCAGUCUACAGCCGGCCCCUCACCACCUCAGGGCUCACGUGGAGGCUCAAGGUGUACCCGGAUGGAAAUGGAGUUGUAAGGGGAAACUACCUGUCUGUCUUUCUGGAACUUACAGCUGGUCUGCCAGAGACAUCCAAGUACGAGUACCGUGUGGAGAUGAGCCACCAGGGAGGUGAUCCGAGCAAGAACAUAGUGCGCGAGUUUGCCUCGGACUUUGAGGUUGGCGAGUGCUGGGGCUACAACAGAUUCUUCCGCCUCGACCUCCUCGCCUCCGAGGGAUACCUCAGUGGAGACACCCUUCUACUGCGCUUCGAGGUGCGGCCACCCACCUUCUUCCACAAGUGUCGGGACCAGCAGUGGUACCUGGCACAGCUGCAGGCGCAACAGGCCCAGCUGAUGCAGCAGGUGCAACAGCUCAAGGAGAGGCUGACUGCUGAAAUAGCAAAGAACGAGGCGAGCUCCUACACCUCCGAGAAUGCCGCCGAACAGCCAAGCAGCACGGCCGAGUGUGCCGGUCCAAGCCGGACUGUGGAGUCAGACUCGCCCCAAUCGGAUCUCGUAUCUGCGAGCCCUCAGCGUCAGCAGAGUGCCUCCCUCGGGGCCACGGCUGCCAGCAGCAGCAGUGGCACCCUGGAGCAGCAGAUUGCCGCCAACCUGGCUGCAUCUGUGGACACGCUCACUGCAGAGCUCUUGCAGUCCGGUCCACAGAAAGAUGUCUCCUGCCGUUCCAAAUCGGCGUCUAGCAGGCAACGGUGGGCAUCGCGAGGCCUCGGAGACUCGUGCGAUGCCGACUCUUCCGGCACCGAGAGCAGCGAGUGUGCCAGCGAAGGUGAGGUGGACGGUAGGGUCACCAGGCUUCAGGGAGGGUCAGGUGUUGGCUCCACUUUGGAUGAAAACGACAUUGACGAGGAGACCAUGUCUGGCGAUCGGGAUGUGGAGCACCAGCACGGCUCCCGUCACAGUGCCAGCGGUGGAAGCAGUGGUGCCAGUGGCAGCUGCUGUCACUGGUGGAAUCUGGGUACCACGGGCAGCAGCGGAUCUGCAGCCGGAUCUAUGGCCGACCCCAGCCGGGAGGGCUGCUCGUCGGCCGCUGCAUCCCGCGAGGAAGACGACGAGUCGGUGCUCUUGCGCCUGCUCGAACUGCAGGAUCGCCGGGGUGUGGCAGCGGCGACACCACUGCACCAGUGCCGUUCUAGCUGGAACCGCAAGGGAGCUUCCAAGGGCAAGCGGCGGCCGCGUGAGGGUUGCCGGCACCUGCUGCUGCUGUCACUGCUGUCCAAGAGCGGCCACAGCCGGUCGGCCUCGGAGCCAGGGCCCUCGUCGUGCGAGAGCCAGGCGGCGGCCCCACUGGUGGAGGACAGCCCCCCUGAGAAGUCGGUGGCCACCAACUACUCAUCCGAGCUAGAGCCCAUCUCGGAGCUGCUGAACAACAGCCAGGAACUGUUUGCCGUCCCUGACGAGUCGUUUGCCGAGCUGCCUCGCAGGACUUCCCCACAGCAGAUGCUCGCUUGUGUCAGUGAUGGCUUACCAAGACAGUCAAAUCCAGAGCCAAAGCAAGCCAAGGACAGGAGGGGAUCACAUGGGGAUGUACCGGCUGCCUCAGCAACUGCUCGAGCGUCUACUCAGGGAAUAGCGGGCUGGCUUGCCGCUCAGGAUGGCCGUGGAUCCCCAUCUGCAUUUGUUGCUUCAUCGUCGGGACACCCGUCCAGCGCGGCUCGUUCGUUGCCGGCUUCGCCAUCUCUUCACGGAGCUGCCGCCACGGCAGCUGCGACAGCAGUGGGUGUGGCGGCCGCGGCCGUGAGUGGUGGCGGGAAGAGCCAUGAAAGUGGUGCCAGCCGCACGGCGACUUCUAAGCCUCACCACGACAGCACCCCCCAGUGA